GGAAUGUAAUUGACCUGUGUCGCUCGAUUUGAAGCUUGAUAAGUGAGAUGAUUUGAACAAAGCCGUCAUCCAUCUCGCAGUCAACCGGAGUACUCUUUUGCCGUGUCAGCACUGGGAGGAGCGGGUUUCUUCUGAAGCAAUCUGUUAGGUCUGUCUUGGUUGGGGAGAGUUCUUGCCGGUGACUCAGCAGGUUAGGAGUGAGGUCAUGGAUGCAGUGGACUCUAUGCAAGGCUCAGCACUGGAGUCCAAAGCUGAGCGCAUUGCCCGUUACAAAGCCGAGAGACGCAGAGAGCUGGCCGAGCGCUAUGGCAACCUGGAGGACCUAUCGAGCAGAUAUCCCAGGAAGGAACGGCAUCAGGAGACCACAGAUCUACCGGAUGGCGGUUGUAUCUCCAAAGGAAAGAGUCUGACUACAGAGUCCAGCAAUGUUAAGAGAGACCUGGAACCUGCAAAGAGGAAAAUUUACACAGAUACCACGCCAACCUCCAAAGUGUCCACCUCUCAUGGUGAUGAGAGCGAGAAGGUAACAGGACUACACUCCCGCCGUAGACUGCUCGAAGCAGAGGAAACCCAGAAGCCAAAGGCUGAUGAGAAAACAGAUGACAAAGUCAAGACAUUCGCUGCCAAGAAGUCAUUAGCCGAAGGGCUGGACAAGACCGCUGCCCAUGAAACCUCCACUGCCCCCACGACCCUCCCUGAGGACACCACGCAGGAGGAGUGUGGUCGCCACGCCGAUGAACUGAGAACCUCCACACAGCCAGUCACCAGCCAGGAAGAGGAGGCUCCUGGCAGUCGCUCCCAGUCGUCAGAUGAGGAAGAGGCUGAUGAGAAAAAUUUGGGGAAGAGAGAGAAGACAGAGAAACACUGCCGCACUCAGCCUGUUACCACAGACGAGACAGAAAAGGCCACGCUGACCGAGCGGAAACCCAGAGAGACGCGCUGUCGCUGGGACAGCGAUGACGCUAAACCUGGAGGAUUGGAGGCGGAUGUGGUGUCGAAGGGCUCCAGGACUGCGCUGCAGCGACAGGACUCGGGCCAAGGAGGCAUCAAAGGCAUCCUGAAGAAGAGUCGUUCCACCAGCCUGGACACCGAUCCUGGAGACAGCGAGGCUGUGAGCGAGAGGAACGGGACGCCCAGCUCCAGAGACGGCGGAACGCAGAGACCCAGGGAGGAGGAAGAGGAAGGGGAGGAAGAGGAAGAGGAGGAGGAUGAGGAGGAGGAAGAGGAAGAGGAGGAGGAAGAAGAGAAUGAAGAAGAAGAGAGUGAACAUGAGAGGAGGAAGAAGAUAUUGCAAAGAGACAGGAGCGGCUCAAGCGAUGGACCCCGCAGCCCCUCCCCAGACUCCGUGGAGAAGACCUCCUCUCUGUCUCUGUCUGAGGAGGGCGAGGAGUUAGAGAGUAGCCUGGAUGGCAGCAUGAGCUCCUCUCUCAAAGAAAGGUUGUCAGAAUUGACAAGCAGCGAAGAGGACUGGAAGGGCAAGCUGAAGAAAAGUCCCACUAGUGAUGUGGUGCAAACGUCCCUGGCUGACCGCUAUAGCCAGCUGCGGGAUUCUGAGAGUGCUUGGAAGAAAAAGAAAUCCUCUGUCAACGUGGACAUGAAGAUGUCUCUUGCUGAUAGGAUGAAAGUCUUGCAAGAAAAGGAAGAACAGUGGAAAGCCAAAGGAAAAGGCGCCGCCAAUGACUCUACUCAGUUCUCAGUGGCUGGACGCAUGGCGAGAAGAGGACUUGUGACCCCAUCUAAGGAUGAAUCUCCCGUCAUACGUAGCAAGAAAUCAGGCAGCAGUGCGCUUGCUAAACCCCUGGAAGAGAUCUCCAGUCGCCCAGAUGCUGAAGGAGACAAGAGAUUGGAGAAGUUGGAGUCCUUUUUAGACAAACUUCAUAACAAAGCUGGCGUUGGGCACAGUAAGGUCUCCACCAUAGAAGUGACCGAGGAGAAAGAGAAAGAGGUCAUGACGCUCGACGACGACGAGUUCGGGCGUUUCUACAAAUCGGUGUCUCUCUCUACUCCUCCGGCCGACAGCGGUCCAUUAGGAGAGGAGCAGGACUUCAGCGCCAUCCAGUCUGACACGCCAAAGCUGACAUCAGCGGUCGAAAAACACAAAAGAGCCGUUCGCCCGUCCCGAAAUACCAAAGCGUCGCGCAACCCCCUGAGGGCCUUAGCGGCUCGGGACGAUCUCAGACAAGCUUACACAGAGCAGAGGCUCAACGUGGCCUCCGUGGAAACCAAGAGGAUACAAGUAGAGCGGAUGGCCAAGCACUCAAACCUCGCAGAUGCUGCGUUGGCGGGACUGGCCAGUAAGGAAAAUUUCCGGAAAGUCAACCUGCGUAGCGUCAAGUCGACUGAAGUGGUUACCAACAACAGUGCUGUACCCUUCCACAAGCUCAUGCUCAUCCAUAUCAAAGGUCGAAGGCACGUUCAGGUGCGGCUGGUGGAGCCGACGUCUCGCUCUCUGAACAGUGGCGACUGUUUCCUCCUCAUCACACCCAAACACUGCUUCUUAUGGAGCGGAGAAUUUGCCAAUGUCAUCGAGAAAGCUAAGGGUUCAGAGAUGGCAUCCUAUGUCCAGGCUAAGAGGGACUUAGGCUGCAAAGCUCCACAGGUCACUGUGUUGGAGGAAGGCAUCAACACCGAGAGCCGCUCUGCCAAAGAGUUCUGGAACCUUCUGGGAGGCAAAACAGAGUACAGAGGGGCCGGCGAACCUGAUGAGGACGAGCUGUUUGAGAGUGCGGUGGUGGAAUCCACUGGCAUCUACAGGCUGGUGGAGGGUAAACUAGUGCCCCAUGAUCAGGCCUGGGCAUCUAUACCCAGUGUGGCUAUACUCAACUCCAAAGAGGCGUUGGUGUUUGACUUUGGCAGUGAGGUAUACGUCUGGACAGGGAAGGAUGUACCCCUGAGUGACAGGAAGGUGGCCAUGCAGCUUGGCAGACAGCUUUGGGGCGGAGCUUAUGACUAUAGCGCCUGCAGGGUCAACCCCCUGGACCCUUCUUCAGCCAAUAAGGACACCCCUCAGCAGGGUGAAGGCAGGCCAAGCUGGGCUCUGUUUGGUCGUCUGUCUGAACACAAUGAAACGGCUCUGUUCAGGGAGAAGUUUCUAGACUGGACCGAGAGGAAGAUCGCUAAAGAAGAGCUAGUGGUGGAGGAGGUUAAAAGCCCAGUACACAUCACGUCACAUGAUUCUGAUCUGCAACCAUGUGACGUUAAGGCUAUGCUGACAGGGGGCAAGGACCCCGUGCGCACGGUCCUGGAAGGCGUGAACGUGCAGCGAGGUCACGGAUUGGUCCGUUCAGAAGAUGGACGGCAGGCGGAGCUGGCCACGAUUAGCGUGGACGCGUGGCACAUACGCGAGUUUGACGAAUUCGAGGUCCCGGCGGAGAGCAUGGGCCAGCUACAUGAGGGUGAUACAUACGUCAUCCGCUGGAAAUACUCCAUCACCAGUGUUGUGGGCAAGAGGCAGAAGCCAGGAGAGGUCAGCAGCAGUGGUCCUGGAAGAGAGCGGACAGCCUGUUUCUUCUGGCAGGGUCGCCACUCAAGUGUCAGUGGGCGGGGCACAUCUGCACUAAUGACUGUGGAGCUGGGUAACCACCAGGGGGCGCAGGUGCUGGUGACUCAGGGGAAGGAGCCUCCAUGUUUUCUGCAGCUCUUUGAUGGAGGACUAACCAUCCACCAUGGUUGCAGAGAAGACAGUGCUGAAAAUACAGGUGGUUGGCGUCUGUUCUGUGUGCGUGGAGUGGCACCAGUGGAAGGGUCUCUGGUGGAGGUGGAGUGCUGCUGUGCCAGUCUGCGUUCUCGUGCCAGCCUUAUUCUGCUCGGCGCGCAGGAGGGACGUCUCUACCUGUGGCACGGCUGCAAGACUCAUCAAAGUGCCCGCGAGGUGGCCAAGAAGGCCGUGAAGCGCCUCACUCAGACAUGUCCUCCAGAGUUGGGUUUGAACAGUAAUAGCAGCGUGAAAGUGCAGGAGGUGGAGGAGGGGGCGGAGUCAGCCGAGUUCUGGAAUGCUCUAGGGCGCCAGGACCGUAAAGCCUAUGACUGCAUGCUUGAAGAUCCAGGAAAGUAUAACUUCACUCCGCGGCUGUUCCGUAUGAGUGCCAGCGGUGGGGUGUUUGAGGCAGAGGAGUUACUGAGCCCUGCCCGUAUGGAGGGCACCGUGAUGGCCAUGCCUUUCCUGCAGGAGAAUCUGUACUCUGUCCCUCAGCCGGCUCUGUUUUUGUUGGAUAACAGGAUGGAAGUGUAUCUGUGGCAAGGCCAGCAGCCUGAGGACACAGAGUCCACUGGCUCAGCUAAGAUCCGCUGGGACAAUGAGAGGAAAUGUGCCAUGGAGACCGUGCUGCAGUACUGCAAGGAAAAGAACUCCAGACGCCCUCCUCAGGCCUAUCUGGUUCUGGCUGGAGCAGAGCCUCUCACCUUCACUAACAUCUUUCCUUAUUGGGAAAAAGACCCCACCAUCAAAGUCCAGAAAGGGUCACGGAAUAAGGUGACGCUGGUGAAAGAUGCUCUGGCUCAACUCAGCAAGAACCAGUACUCUCUGGAGGAACUGACUGCUAAACCAUUACCCGAGGGGGUAGACCCUCUUCAUCUGGAGGACUACCUGUCUGAUGCAGACUUCCAGAAAGCUUUGGAAAUGACACGAGAGGAAUUUCACACGCUUCCAAACUGGAAACAGCUCAACUUGAAGAAAAGCAAAGGCCUCUUUUAGUCAUCAGAAUAUACUGAACAUGGACAUUAAUUCAAGGUCAUCCAUGUGACCUUGACAAAAAGGAAGCCUCAUUUUUUUCUUGUGGUUUUUCUUUUUCUUUCUUUUUUUUUUUAAUACUGUAAAGCGUCGAUAUGUACAGUUGGAUCUUUAAAAAAAAAAUGAAUUAACAAUCUGGUGGCUUUUUUUAAAUAGAUGAUUUCUUUUUAAAGCCUUUUAAUAAUGGCUGUUGCUUGUGAUACACACACACACACAGAAGCACACUGUGGUUUCUGAACGGCUGCCUACAUAUCCCAAAUAUGCACAAAAUGUGAUGGUGUAACUUGACUUAUAUCAUAUUUGU